CGGAUACAUAAGACAGGCUUCCGCGGGAGAUCUCAGUCGAAAGAGUCAAUUAAGCUGCACAAGUCGAAGAUGUUUCUUCAGAAGAUGAUGAUCUUCGAUGUGGGGGGGGGAAAGAAAUCGGCAACAAAUUGCGAGGGCGUUUUUCUCGAAGCUAAAUAAGAUUUCGGAUGCGGGAACCGAUUUUCUCGGAAUCGGAACUAAAGAAGCUUGUUUUCCUUGUGGAUCUUAGGCAUGGAGGACGGCGGCUUUCGGCUUGUACGGCUUCACGCAGUUCACCAAAUCCGGCUUCCUGGAGCAUUCCAAAAAGUUCAAAGAAGAAGAUAUGCAAGUUCAUAUGGAGGGAAAAAAUUGCAUGGUCACGGGAGCUAAUUCCGGCAUUGGUUAUGCAACCGUCGAGGGUCUGGCUUCACGAGGUGCAACCGUCUAUAUGGUCUGUCGUAGCAAGGAGAGGGGAGAGGCUGCACUCUCUAAAAUUCAGUUGUCCACGGGUAACUCAAACAUACAUCUGGAGAUAUGUGAUCUUUCUUCCAUUAACGAAGUUCAGGCAUUUGUGUCUAGAUUUUCUGUGCAGGAGAAGCCUCUUCAUGUCCUUGUUAACAAUGCCGGUUUAUUAGAGCAGAAUCGAGUGACUACGCCAGAAGGAUUGGAGUUGAACUUUGCUGUUAAUGUAGCCGCGACUUAUGCCUUAACAGAGUUAAUGAUGCCAUUGUUGGAAAAAGCAGCACCUGAUGCUCGAGUUAUUACAGUUUCUUCGGGUGGGAUGUAUACAACACCUUUGACGCCAGAUUUACAGUUCAGCGAGAGCAAUUUUGAUGGAACAUUACAAUAUGCUAGAAACAAGAGAGUGCAGGUGGCAUUGACCGAAAAGUGGGCAGAAACCUACAGUGGUAAAGGCAUUGACUUCUAUUCGAUGCAUCCUGGCUGGGCCGACACUCCCGGCGUAGCUCAAAGCUUGCCUGGCUUUUCAGAAAGGUUAUCAGGGAAGCUGAGGACGAAAGAUGAGGGAGCGGAUACGGUGAUUUGGUUAGCUCUGCAACCGAAGGAAAAACUAAAAUCUGGAGCCUUCUAUUUCGAUCGUGCUGAAGCACCGAAACAUCUACUCUUUGCUGGCACUGCCCGUUCCCAUGCCGCGAUCCACGGCAUUGUUGACGGCCUCCGUUCCUUGUGUAAACUGCCCUGAUUGGUAUAUUUCUUUUGCUUCAUCACCAGAACAAGAUGUUCAAAUAGUUUGGGCUUGAUCACCAGAACAAGAUGUCCCAGUUAUCAACUGCUGGUGCUAUGGCUUCGCUGUAUCUAUGACCGAACAAUUCGUCACUAGGAUGAAGUAUAGCUUGGUGUUGCUUUGAUAUA